GUUCCACUGAAAUGCAUCUAGGGAGGUAUCGACUGGGUGGUAAUGUUUUAAACAUUAUCAUGUGUGUCAAAUGCGUCAGUUUAUUGUAGGCUAUUUCCAAGAUAACUGGGCUGCUAUUGUCCGUAGACGUUCACUUUCGUUUUCGGCCUUGCGUCAUCAGUAACUAUUCGAAACUGUAUUUAUAUUUGUUUGUAGGCGUGUUUUGUUUUAUGCCCUCUAUAAAUACAGUUUCAUUUAAGAAUCAUUUUCGUUUCCUGCUUUGUUGAUGAUGAUGAUGAGACUUUCUGUAUGUCAUAUGGUUGGUUGCGGUCAUAUAAACCCAUCAUUGAGUCGGACACAUCGGCAGGUAACAGUGUGGUCGCGUUUAUCAGAAAUAAUGGGAGACUAGUGUCUGUCGCACGGAUUCAAGAGGACCAAGAUGGGAGAAGAAUCACAGGGAAACUGAAGAGUGUGACAUGUAAGGAGACGAUUCGGGCUCUGAGUUGUGGAGAUUCUCAUGCUGUUUUACUGUCUGAAGAGGGCCGGGUUCUUUGCUUGGACAAGGCCAAUAUUCUCAGACCAUUGGAUAACCUAUGUAACCGACAGGUAACUCAGGUUGCAUGUGGAGACCAGCAUUCAAUUUCACUAACACAGGAUGGUCAGGUGUUCACAUGGGGUCAGAACACCAGCGGUCAGCUGGGUUUGGGGUGGGGCGAGCCCAGCGCCAUGUCCCCCAAGCCCCUGAAGUCUCUAUCAGGGAUCCCCCUGGUUCAGAUCACUGCAGGGGGAGACCACAGCUUCGCUCUGUCCCUUUCUGGAGCUGUGUUCGGCUGGGGCAAGAACACCGCCGGGCAGCUGGGACUAGGGGACACAACAAACAGACAUGCCCCAGCUCCUGUUGAUUGCCUGAAUCUGAAGAAGACUGUUUGGAUUUCAUGUGGAGGAGAACAUACUGCCGUUCUGACAAAGGGAGGUGUGGUGUUCACAUUUGGCUCAGGCCACUAUGGACAGCUUGGACACAACUCUCUCCGAGAUGAACUACGACCUCGAGUGGUGGGGCAACUCUGGGGGUCAAAGGUGACCCAGAUAGCCUGUGGAAGACACCACACAUUAGCAUUUGUGGGGCCCUCAAAUAAGAUCUACUCAUUUGGGCACGGAGAGCAAGGGCAGCUGGGAAAUGGAGUAAAGAUUGAUCAGUCUGUGCCCCUUCCAGUACAACUGCCAGACCAGAUUGAUGACCAGAAAAUUGAACACAUUUUUGCUGGAGGAAACCAUUCCUUUGCAUUGUGCACUCUUGGUCAGGAGUCUGAAGAAAGGUCUAACAAUCUCAGGUCAAGUGUGGGCAAAGUGACACAAGCUAUAGAUGAAAAGAUCAUUUACAAAUGGAUCUCGGAAUGUGAUUCAAAGUCUUGGAAAAAAGGACAGAAGGAAAUCACAAAAAUGUUUUCUUCUGCAUCAUGUUUAAAUGGGAGCUUUCUUGAUAAAAGUUGUGACAAACAUUACCAAACCUCACCAAAACAGUCUGGCCUGGAUUUUUCACUCGUCCGAGGCGCAUUCCGGAAGCUGGCGAAAAAGGGCAAAGUUUUGACUGAGGUAGAAGCUGUUGUCCAGCACACACUGCUUCCCUCUCUGUAUGAGGAGCCCAUUGGAGUGGAGAGCUUGAGGGUCUACCUGGUUCUCCCCGAGCUCCUCAGGGUCCUUCACAAACAGCACAGAAGGACAGAUCUCACCGAAGCCGUUGCUGCUGCUAUCCUCAGACUGCACCCCGACAAGCUGCAGGUCCUCGGUGACUGCUGGUCCUCAUUGAAGCCAUCUGUCAUGACCAAGCACAUUGGGGUGUGGAAGAAGGCCCUGUCGGGGAUUCUGAGGAGUGGACAUAUUCUACGCACUCGUGACCCUGGGAUCAAACACCUGCUCCAGGUCCUCGGCCAUCUCCACAGAGCAAACCAGAAAUCUGUAGAGACCCAGACAGUUCCAGACAGUACCUUUUGUAUGGAGGAGGUUCACUUCAAUCCCAUAUUUCUAGAGGAGGAUGUAAAGCUUUGGCGUUUAUGGUCAAAGCAGGAUGUGGAUCAGACACCUGCCAUCUUUUGUCGUUACCCAUUCUUGAUGAAUCUGCAGAGCAAGAUAAACGUUUUUAACAUCAACGCCGCACUCACACAGAGGACUGGCAUGGGGCCUUUUGACAUGUUCCUCAUGGGCGGCGCCUGCUCCGUUCUUUGA